CAGAAGAUAAAUGCCAUGUAAUAUCCCAUGACGAGCAAUUCGAAGCUAAAACUUCCUUGAAUCUGGUAAUACUUUAAAGAGAUCUAAGAAGGGCAGAAUUUGUGCUUCGAUUGCUGCUUUGAGUUCUACAAUCAACAGAAGAAAAAGGUCGUUUGGAAGACCAAUCCCAUGCAAUAUCCCAUGACGACCCAUUCGAAGCUAAAACCUACCAAUUCAGAUGGAUAACAGAAGAGUCUCCUUCCACCACAAGUCCCUCACCAGCAAGAUCCUCGACGGACAGCAUGACGAUGAGGACAUCGCCCCUUCCAAAAGGAAAGGCAGGCCCCCCCUGGAGAAGCAAUACUCCAGAUCCUCCCUCCGAAGAGCGUCCAUGGUCGGCAAUCGCAAGGGAAGUGCGUCCAUUAGGAAACUGUCCACGCACACCAUAGCCUCCCGAGGGAAUUGGGGGUCAAAGUGGGAGUUCUUGCUCUCCUGUGUUGGACUCUCCGUCGGCAUCGGAAAUGUCUGGAGGUUUCCAUAUUUGGCGUAUGAGCAUGGUGGAGGUGCUUUCCUGAUACCGUACUUGCUGAUGCUGCUACUAGCAGGGAAACCAUUGUACUUCAUGGAACUAGCUUUCGGACAAUUCGGAGGUUUGGGUCCACUAGCUAUAUGGAACUGUUUGCCCAUUGCUAAAGGAAUCGGUUACGCAAUGGUAACCAUAUCCCUCAUCAUUUGUAUAUACUACAAUGUCAUUGUGUGUUAUACUGUGUUUUAUAUGGCGUCCACAUUUCAGACAACAGUUCCUUGGGCCGUGUGCCCGUCAUAUCCAUUGAAUUUAACGAAAUGCCAUGUGAGAAAUCAACAGGAUGAUAUAAAUCAUACUGGCUCAAAACUUUCCAGUGAGAUUUAUUGGAGACAAUACGUGCUGGAUCUUUCGGACGGCAUUGAAGAUCCCGGCGGGGUUAAAUGGGAUUUGUGUCUCUGCCUGCUCUUCAGCUGGAUCGUAGUGAUUGCAUGUUUGCUUAAAGGAAUAAAAACAUCGGGGAAGGUUGUAUAUUUUGCCGCUACUUUCCCUUAUUUUGUACUGCUGGUCCUUUUAGUAACUGGUUUACUACAAGAAGGAGCCAUCAACGGAAUUUUAUAUUUCAUAUCACCAAAUUGGAGGAAACUUCUCGAUAUUAAGAGAUGCAAUGGUUGUGAGCGUAUUGGAUACUGUGACGAGCAUUAUCUCCGGGAUGGUCAUAUUUUCUGUUCUUGGAGCUAUGGCUCAUGAUCUGGGUCCAGGUACCAGCGUUGAAGACGUAGUAGCGAGCGGUCCUGGCUUAGCGUUCAUGGCCUAUCCAGAAGCAUUGAGCAGACUGCCCAUUCCUCAACUUUGGUCCGUCCUUUUUUUCUUCAUGCUCUUUAUUCUUGGUUUGGACAGCGAGUUUGCGCUGAUGGAAAAUGUAUUGACUAGUUUCUGUGAUGAAUAUCCUCGACUACGCAACCACAAAGCCAAGUUUUGUACAUUUCUGGGCAUCGUCUGUUUCCUUUUAGGUCUUCCCUGUGUUACGAAGGGAGGUCAGUACGUUUUAGAGCUAAUGGACAAAUAUGGCGGUGGUACAGCUGUUGUGUGUAUAGCAGUUGUGGAAAGUAUGGCAAUGGCUUGGCUUUAUGGUGUUGAUCGAUUUUGCGAGGAUAUCAAAUUUAUGCUGGGUAAAAAGCCCAGUCGCUACUGGAGGAUUACAUGGAAAAUUACUGCCCCAGCUAUUCUUACUUUUGUUUUCGUGUACUCUUUGGUAGAACACGAGACCCUGAAGUAUGGAACCUACGACUUUCCAGAUUGGGCUGAUACCGUCGGUUGGGGACUUGCAUCCGUGUCCAUGCUUCAAAUUCCGUUCUGGGCCGUGGUGGCGAUUUUCACGCAGCCGGGAUCUACUUUUAAAGAAAAAUUUCUCCAGGCCUUGAAGCCUACAGAAGAUUGGGGUCCUAGUGACGAUUUGGCAAGGGAAUACUACAGGCAACAUCUUGCUAAUGCGCUUUCUGGUGAAGCAGCCGCGAAUGAAGAUGACACUUCAACUAAAUGUUUGGCGGACAGCAAUAACGAAGCUGGACUGCUUGAGUAUUUAUAGCAUUUGGAUGCGUUGUGCCCGCACUUUCUUGUUUAUACGAUUUUAAAACUUGAGUAUAUUUAGUGAAACCAAUAAAUAAAAUAUUUUAGACGUC